AUGGUCAUGGCCGAUCGCCCUCAAGGGAGCUUUGCUCUCCGCCCCAGCGAUCACGACCUGAUCACGUUCGUCCUCCACCCCAUGGUCGCUCGGCAGCAGCGCUUCAACGGCGGUGGCAUCGUCGUUCACCUGGCCGACGUCUACUCCGUUGCCCCCGAGAGGCUGACCGAGCGGUACGCGCCGGCGCCGGGCAGCAGGACCUACUGGUACUUCAUCUGCCCCGCACGCUGCGGCCACAAGGCCGCGCCCGGCGCCCUGGGCGAGGGGAGAUGGAACUCGGAGACCGGCGAGGUCAGCCCCGUCAGGGGCGCGGACGGCCGCAGCGUCGGGCACUCGCGCACGUUGUCCUACUCCUACGGCGGCGCCAGGACGCCGCCGCCGUGGACGACAGUCACCAGGCACGGCUGUUGCAUGUUGGAACUCGCGCUCGACGACGAGCAUGGCGGCGGCGGCGUGGGAGGAGGAGAUAGAGAUUUCGUCCUGUGCAAGUUGUUCAGGUCGCCUCACAAUGAGGUAGCCGUGCCCCCGCUCCUCUUCAACUGCAAGAGGAAGGCGGUCGGCGACCACACGGAGGCUCCACCCAGCGUGCGGCAGCAACUGAUGCAGCACUCAUUCUGA